GAAAAAAUGACAAAUUGAAUCAAUUGAUAUGAGUUUAUGAUAUAGUAUGAAUUUAUUAGCUUGUUUUUCCCUAUUUGAUUGUACUAAGUAGUACAAUUUAUGAAUUUGAAUUUUAUUUCAGAAAUAAUUCAAUAGCUACCGGUCCUAAACAUCUAUCCGGUAGUCAAAAACGUAAAAAGAGAAAAGUAGAUGAAGAUUGAGAAAGGCCUUUUUUUUAUCUUGGCCCAAGCCGUUGAAUUCUCAGGACCGGCCCUGCUCCUCGUCGUCGUUCUCCAAAAACCAGAACAGAUCCAUCUCUGAUAAACGGUGGAAGCAAUGGAUGUUGAAGUCUCCACCCUUCCACCCAUGGAUCUCAUGGCGGUCAGAGAUUCCACAAACAAUGUCAUGUGUCGGCUAACCGACCCCAAUGGCAAUCCACUUGGAGCUCAGAUGUACCUUCCUGAAUCUGCUGGCCCCAAAGAGCUCAAUCAAAUGGUCAAUAAGCUCCUUGACAAUGACGAUAAAUUGCCAUAUGCAUUCUAUAUCUCAGACCAAGAGCUGGUGGUACAUCUUGGGUCAUAUUUAGAAAAGAAAAAAGUUUCGGUGGAGAAAGUAUUGACUAUAGUAUAUCAACCUCAAUCAGUUUUCCGGAUCCGUCCUAUAACCCGCUGUUCGUCAACAAUUGCUGGGCAUGAGGAAGCUGUACUUUCAGUGGUCUUCAGUCCUGAUGGACAGCAGCUAGCGAGUGGCUCAGGUGAUACCACAGUUCGUUUAUGGGAUUUGAAUACUCAGACACCGUUGUUCACAUGUAAAGGUCAUAAAAACUGGGUUCUUUGUAUUGCAUGGUCACCUGAUGGUAAAUACCUUGUGAGUGGAAGUAAAUCUGGAGAGCUUAUAUGCUGGGAUCCACAGACUGGCAAGCCUUUGGGCAGUCCUCUUACUGGCCACAAGAAAUGGAUAACUGGUAUUUCCUGGGAACCUGUACACCUUAGUGCUCCAUGUCGCCGUUUUGUAAGUGCUGGUAAAGAUGGUGUUGCACGGAUAUGGGAUGCUACGUUAAGGAAGUGUAUUAUUUGUCUUAAUGGGCACACACUUGCUAUCACUUGUGUGAAAUGGGGUGGAGAUGGAGUGAUAUACACAGGGUCUCAAGACUGCACAAUCAAGGUAUGGGAAACUUCACAGGGAAAGCUUAUUCGUGAACUGAAGGGCCAUGGGCAUUGGAUUAACUCAUUGGCAUUAAGCACCGAAUAUGUACUGCGUACUGGCGCUUUUGAUCAUAACAGGAAGAAUUUUUCUUCUCCGGAGGAAAUGAAAAAGGUAGCAUUAGAAAGAUACAAUAAAAUGAAGGGUAAUGCCCCUGAAAGAUUGGUUUCUGGAUCAGAUGAUUUCACAAUGAUUCUUUGGGAACCGGCUGUCAGUAAACACUCCAAAGCGCGCAUGACAGGUCAUCAGCAGCUUGUCAAUCAUGUUUACUUCUCCCCUGAUGGACAAUGGGUAGCAAGUGCCUCAUUUGAUAAGUCAGUCAAGCUAUGGAAUGGCAGCACUGGAAAUUUCAUUGCUGCUUUUCGCGGUCAUGUGGGACCUGUUUAUCAGAUCAGCUGGUCAGCUGACAGUAGGCUGCUUUUGAGUGGGAGCAAAGACUCAACUUUGAAGGUUUGGGAUAUUCGGACACAAAAGUUGAAACAAGAUCUUCCUGGCCACGCAGACGAGGUCUUUGCUGUGGACUGGAGUCCAGACGGCGAGAAGGUUGCCUCUGGUGGUAAAGAUAGAGUUUUGAAGCUUUGGAUGGGUUAACCAAUAUAUGUCUGUCACCCAAUGCCAUAUGUGGAAGAUAAGUUUGGGUUCUGUUGGGUUUCGGUUUUGGUCCAAAGAAUUAACAUUUUGAAAGUCUUUUCUUUUUGGUUGGCUAAGAAUAUGUCUGUAACACAAUCUCCCAUGGAAUAGAAAUUUGGGUUCUGUUAGUAAUUUGGUUUUAGAAUGAAGAUCUUUCUAGUGUGAGAAACCAUGGAUGUGAUGAAUCUCUGAUCUCCCCAUGAACAACAUCCAUAAUUAUGUACCAUUUCAUUCAUAUCAUUGAGUCUUUUUUUUUGUGUGUUCAUGAUCACUUGGGGCCUGUUUGGUUA